CCACAGAAGGAUGAUGUAAUUGCAAAGCGGCUUGAAGGGCGGGGCGGUCCUUCUGCGCUGCAAUUCAUUGUGCCAGACCCAGAUCGGUGUGCAGCCUCCUCCUCCCUCCCCUCCUCCGCCUGCUGUUGCUGCUUCCAGCAACCAGGGCAGCAGCACCACCAGCACCAGUGACUGAAUCCCAAGCAAAAGGGGGCGGGAGUGGGUGGCUUGGUUGGUUGGGGAGGAAGCGGCGCGCACACACGACCUUCUACAGUUUGCAUCCCAAGGGAACUGCUUCGCAAGCUUUUCCCCGCUCAUGUCUAAUUAAGUGACUUGGUUUCCAACCUGGCCUCUUGGCUUAUGUUCUUUGUAAAGGGCAGGGAGCAGCCGUCCCAAACCAGCUGUGUAAAUGAGUAUGGAAGAUUAUGACUUUCUCUUCAAAAUAGUUUUAAUUGGGAACGCUGGCGUUGGGAAGACCUGCUUAGUGCGGCGGUUUACUCAGGGUCUUUUCCCACCAGGGCAAGGAGCCACCAUCGGCGUUGACUUUAUGAUUAAGACAGUGGAGAUAAAUGGUGAAAAAGUAAAGCUGCAGAUCUGGGACACGGCAGGACAAGAGCGAUUUCGGUCCAUUACUCAAAGUUACUAUCGCAGUGCUAAUGCAUUAAUACUGACCUAUGACAUCACCUGUGAAGAGUCCUUCCGAUGCCUCCCAGAGUGGCUGCGGGAGAUAGAGCAGUACGCCAGCAAUAAGGUCAUCACCGUCCUAGUGGGGAACAAGAUUGAUUUAGCGGAUAAAAGAGAAGUCUCCCAACAAAGAGCGGAGGAAUUUUCCGAAGCCCAAGACAUGUACUAUCUGGAGACUUCGGCUAAAGAAUCGGAUAACGUGGAAAAACUCUUUCUCGACUUGGCUUGCCGGCUGAUCGGCGAAGCGCGGCAAAACACGCUUGUGAACAAUGUGGAAUCCCCGUUGCCCGGGGAAGGGAAAAGUAUCAGCUAUUUGACUUGCUGCAAUUUCAACUGAUAACCAGUCGAGCCCCCGAGGGUUAUGACUCUUCCUUCUCACCAAGGCCUGUCUUGACAAAGGCCGCUCCUGCCACCUCAAUCCAAUCUGACUGGCGGAUGUCGUCAGGUUCACAACCUUGAAGCAUGGCAGGCUGCCCACUUCGCCUGCGGGGUCAGCGUAGCAGAAAUAUAACCUGGUUUAAUUUUUUUAAGAUAUAUAUACACACACACACACAAAUAAAUACAUA